CAGGACCUGCUGACCCUGAUCAUUGGCAAACCAAGCCCAGGCAGCAUGAUCGGUUUCGUUAUGUUAUCUACUACUGGUCCUAGCAGCCCCGACAGGCCCACACACACGCACAGCACAGAGACGUUGGUUCAGCCAUGCCUAUCGCCCUCCCACUAAAUCUCAUCGCGUUCGCGACACCUUUCUGCGAAAAGAUACGGACAUCAUCACCGAGCACCAAGCCACCAUGUUCGAUGUUUCCCGUCUAUCCAAGAAACUGCAGAAGCGCAAUUAGCCUAGAGAUUGCAGGAGAACAGAAUUCAAUCAGGCCGUCUUCCAUCUCCACCUUCCUCGCCUCUCUCUCUCUCUCUCUCUAACCACUGUACUAGAACUAUCAUUACCUGAGCAAGAUUGCUUCUACCUGUACUGUGCUGACAUUAUACACCUCUUCCCUUCUUGCCCGUGCCAAUCGCCAUUGCCAGGCACCACGUAGAGCUGCAUUGCUUCGAGGCCAUGGCCAUGGGAGUUGCAACAAGAAUUUGCUUCGUAGUUCCUGUUCUGAUCUGCACAUCUUCCAGAGGAGGGAGGGCCGCGACAUUCACGUUCGUGAACAGGUGCGCGGCGACGGUGUGGCCGGGCAUCCAGUCGAACGCGGGGAGCUCGAGGCUGGACCCGACGGGCUUCGCGCUGCCCGCGGGCGCGUCGCGCGCGGUGCCGGCGCCGUCGGGGUGGUCCGGCCGGGUCUGGGCGCGCACGGGCUGCGCGCAGGACGCCGCUAGCGGGAAGGUGGCGUGCGCCACGGGCGACUGCGGCUCGGGGUCCCUGGAGUGCGACGGGCGGAACGCGGCGACGCCGGCGACGCUGGCCGAGUUCACGCUGGACCCCGCCGGCGGCAACGACUUCUACGACGUCAGCCUCGUGGACGGCUACAACCUGCCGGUCGUGGUGGAGCCCGCAGGGGGCGGCGGCGGCGGCGCCACGACGACGUGCGCCGCGGCCGGGUGCGCGGCGGACCUGAGCGAGCGGUGCCCCGCGGAGCUGCGCGCCGAGGGCGGCGCCGGCUGCCGCAGCGCGUGCGACGCCUUCGGCAGGCCCGAGUACUGCUGCAGCGGCGCCUACGCCAGCCCCAGCACCUGCCGCCCCACCGCCUACUCGCAGCUGUUCAAGUCCGCGUGCCUCAGGUCGUACAGCUACGCCUACGACGACCCCACCAGCACCUUCACCUGCGCCGGCGGCCGCGACUACACCAUCACCUUCUGUCCCGUCGCGCCACCAAGCCUGAAAUCGUCGAGCGGCCCUGGAGCAACGGCGGCGGCACCGGCAGGCCCGACGCCGCAGAUGCCGCGGCUGGCAGGUGGGCAAGGCGGCGGCCCGGACGGGCAGGGCGUGAUGCUGGGCGACAGCUCCUGGCUCGCCAGCCUCGCCACGGGCGCCGCGCCGCCGGGGCCGGCGCUCCGGGCCUCGCCCCUCGUGCCGCUCCUGCUCGGAGUCGGCGGCCUGCUGCUGGUGCUGUAGUGCCAGCGGCAGCAACCCACCCCCGUCACGGACACGCACGCACAUGCGCGUGAGGCGAAAGCUCUGGUCAAAGAACAGCGCAGCGCGGGGGCACUGGCGCACAGCGAAGCCGUGCGCUCGGGUUGCCGCCGGCCGUGCCGACGCGGACGCCGAUCUGCCCCCAUGGAAUGGAAGGGUGGUGCCGUGGUGGCUGGUGUCGCGCGCGCUGGAUGGGGGCUGC